CAUUGCAUUUGGGUAUUGGUUGCACAGUGAACUCCACCUAGACAGUCACAACGCUCAUUUGUAAAUGUCAAGAUUGAAGCGCCAGCGCAUACCGGAUUGUCCCCUCGCGAACGAUGGCAACUUCAUUGGCAGGGAAAACGACUCCAUCUGCCAAAGCCGCUAGACAGUCAAUACAACAAGUCGUAUCCGACUUUAAUUCCCAUGUUCAGCGUGGCCUGUUCCAGUCCGAUAUUCCCAGUUUACGGACUAUUUACGGCUCCAACGAACUUGAAAAAGACGAAGAAGAGUCCAUAUAUACGAAAUUUCUGAAAUCUUUCAGUGAAAAUCCCCUCAUCUUGCUGCUUCUCGGUUCAGCCUUAGUGUCGCUCCUCAUGGGCCAGAUGGAUGACGCUAUCAGUAUCACCAUGGCUAUUAUCAUUGUAAUGACGGUGGCGUUCGUGCAAGAAUACAAGUCCGAGAAAUCCUUGGAAGCACUGAAUAAGCUUGUACCUCAUUACUGUCAUCUUGUCAGAGAGGGACAAAUGCAGACUACCUUAGCCAAUGAAUUGGUUCCAGGUGAUCUGGUUCAUUUUAGCAUUGGGGACAGAAUACCGGCCGACUGUCGUCUUGUCACGGCGGUUGAUUUGGAGAUUGACGAGUCGAACCUGACCGGGGAAAAUAAGCCGAGACGAAAAAUAUUGGAGGCUAUCGGCACUCAUCCAUAUUCUGAAUUAUCGCUCGCUGAGCGAGACAAUAUUGCAUUUAUGGGCACCCUUGUUCGUAAUGGUCACGGUACUGGUAUUGUCGUGGCUACAGGCAAAUCCACCGAGUUCGGCAAUGUCUUUGAGAUGAUGCAAGAGGUUGAGGUCCGAAAGACCCCGCUCCAAAUCAGUAUGAACGAACUUGGAAAACAAUUAUCGAUUUUUUCCUUUGGCGUCAUUGCUGUGAUUGUAUUGAUUGGUCUUAUUCAACGUCGCAGCUGGUUGGAAAUGUUUACCAUUGGAGUGAGUUUGGCGGUGGCUGCCAUUCCGGAAGGUUUACCGAUUGUUGUGACCGUGACUUUGGCCUUGGGUGUUUUACGCAUGGCCAACCGACGCGCUAUCGUGAAACAGUUACCGUCUGUGGAAACCCUGGGAUCGGUCAAUGUGGUGUGCGCUGAUAAAACAGGCACUUUAACCGUGAAUCAAAUGACGGUCACCAAAGUGUUUACGGUCCACAAUCAAGAAUUGUUCAACUAUGAAUAUACGGCUCCUACAACCUUGAGUGAUGCUUUACGUCAAACACUUUUGAUUGGUAAUUUGUGUAACAAUGCGUAUGUUUCCGAACAAGGAACAUAUAUUGGUCAACCUACCGACAUUGCUCUGCUUGAUGUGGUGCUUCGCAGUGGGUUAAAGGAUGAACGACAUAAUUAUCACCGCCUUGGAGAGGAACCGUUCAAUUCCGACCAAAAGUAUAUGAGUGUGACCUGCCGACAUCAACAUGAAAAAGAAGAUGUGCCAGCAUUGAAAUAUUUCAAGGGCGCUACGGAAAUCUUGUUGGAACGAUGUACGACGUACUAUGAAUCCGCUCAAUCGCAACCUGCCUUUCCAGCAUCACUUAAGGAAGCAGUGUCUGAACAUGUGGCAGCCAUGAGUUCAAACGGCUUGCGUGUGCUUUGUACGGCUUUUGGUACGGGUGAUCAUGCCCUAUGCUUUACAGGUUUUCUUGCUGUGUACGAUCCCCCUCGAGAAGGCAUUGCUGACGCUACACGGAAGCUUGUCCAAGGUGGAGUGAAAGUGAUCAUGAUUACCGGUGACUCGGAGGCAACGGCCAUGUCGAUUGCCCGCAAAUUAGGCAUCCCCAUGAACAAUUCAAAACACAGUUGUUUAACCGGUCGUGAUAUUGAAGCCAUGUCAGAACGUCAGUUACAGGAAAUGAUUCACACCGUGUCCGUGUUCGCGCGUACGACGCCCAAACAUAAACUUGCUAUUGUCAAAGCGUAUCAGAACACGGGAGCCGUUGUUGCCAUGACAGGCGAUGGUGUGAAUGAUGCUCCCGCUCUCAAGAUGGCAGAUAUUGGUAUUUCAAUGGGUAAAAGCGGUACUGAUGUAUCCAAGGAGGCGGCCGAUAUGAUUUUGGUGGAUGAUGACUUUUCCACCAUUUUGCACGCGAUUGAAGAAGGCAAAGCAAUCUUUUAUAAUAUUCAAAAUUUCCUGACGUUCCAGCUAAGUACCAGCAUUUCAGCCCUGUCCCUGAUUGCUCUGUGCACAUUAUUUGGCUAUUCAACACCCUUGAAUGCAAUGCAAAUUCUUUGGAUCAAUAUCAUCAUGGAUGGUCCUCCCGCACAAUCACUGGGUGUAGAACCCGUGGAUCCUGACAUUAUGAAGAAACCUCCGAGAGCGCGAAAUGCGAAUAUUCUUUCGAAACGGCUUGUCACACGUGUGCUCACUGCUGCGGCUGUGGUAGUCGUGGGCACGCUCUUUGUUUACAUAUCGGAAAUGAAGGAUGGUAUUGCAACGCAAAAGACAGCCACCAUGACAUUUACGACGUUUGUAUUCUUUGACAUGUUCAAUGCUCUGAGUUGUCGAUCGGAGAAACAGUCUAUUGCGACCAUUGGAUUCUUUUCUAACCGCAUGUUCAAUUUUGCCGUGGGAGGAUCAAUUAUUUCACAGUUGCUGGUAAUUUACGUUCCUUUCUUGCAACGGAUUUUCCAAACACAGCCUCUUUCAUUUUACGAUCUUUUGAAGAUCGUCCUCGUCUCAAGUACGGUAUUCUGGAUUGAUGAAGUGAAGAAAUACUGUGCGAACAAAGGACUCAGCUUGGGACGAGACCAUCGAUCCAAACUCAAGUAUCGACUAUCCCAGCAAGACCGCGUGGAAGAUGCUAUUAAUGCUGUAUAGAUUUAGUCCCUUUGUUUUUAGUUUCAGCACUCGUCAAAAUGUAAUAUACCAAAAAAAAAAACCUGAAAUCUCCCACCUUAAUCUAGUUCACUUUUUUUUCAUUACAUCAUUCAUGUGUCCGUAUCAUAGACUAUCUAAAUACACUAUUUAAGUAUAAAGGAAUGGCGUAAAAAGCGU